CCUGUCUCUUUCUCUAUCUCUAUCUCUGGGCCAUGAACCUGGGACUGUCUGUGGCUGAGGAACAGUUUUAGACACCUUCCAGACUUUCCUUUUACAGGCCUCAAGGCUGGCUGAGCAGCUGGCUGCCCACUUGGCGCCCCACUUCCAUGUCCCAGCUGAAGAAUGUGGAAGCCAGGAUCCUCCAGUGCCUCCAGAACAAGUUCCUGGCCCGAUAUGUGUCCCUCCCAAACCAGAACAAGAUCUGGACGGUGACAGUGAGCCCUGAGCUCAGGGACCGCACCCCCCUGGUGAUGGUGCACGGCUUUGGGGGCGGCGUGGGCCUCUGGAUCCUCAACAUGGAUUCACUGAGCGCCCGCCGCACUCUGCACACCUUCGAUCUGCUCGGCUUUGGGCGAAGCUCUAGGCCAACGUUCCCGAGGGACCCAGAGGGGGCCGAGGACGAGUUUGUGACCUCGAUAGAGACGUGGCGGGAGUCCAUGGGGAUCCCCAGUAUGAUCCUCCUGGGGCACAGUCUGGGAGGAUUCCUGGCCACUUCCUACUCAAUCAAGUACCCUGACAGAGUUAAACACCUCAUCCUGGUGGACCCAUGGGGCUUUCCCCUCCGACCAACUGACCCCAGUCAGAUCCGUGCACCCCCGACCUGGGUCAAGGCUGUGGCCUCUGUCCUAGGGCGUUCCAAUCCACUGGCUGUUCUUCGAGUAGCUGGGCCCUGGGGGCCCAGCCUGGUACAGAGAUUCCGACCAGACUUCAAGCGCAAGUUUGCAGACUUCUUUGACGAUGAUACUAUAUCGGAGUAUAUCUACCACUGCAAUGCCCAGAAUCCCAGCGGAGAGACGGCAUUCAAAACCAUGAUGGAGUCCUUCGGCUGGGCCCGGCGACCCAUGUUAGAGCGAAUUCACUUGAUUCAAAAAGAAAUGCCCAUCACCAUGAUCUAUGGGGCCAACACCUGGAUAGACACCAGCACGGGAAAAAAGGUGAAGCUGCAGCGGCCGGAUUCCUACGUCCGAGACAUGGAGAUCGAGGGUGCCUCACAUCACGUGUACGCGGACCAGCCACACAUCUUCAAUGCAGUGGUGGAGGAGAUCUGCGACUCGGUUGAUUGAGCUGCUCUCCCUAGAGAGCGAGGAGAAAGCCAGAGAGUCACUCUCACCUCCCUGUCUCCUUACUUACCCCUCUGUCCUUCCCUGACCAACUAACAUGUGCCAGCCAGGCAGAGUCUCGGGCUGUCCCCAGGGCAGAACCACAGAAGGAGAGCACUCCUCUCUACGCUAAGGGCUAGAGGCAAAAGCCACAAGUGGCCUUGAGCUCCCCACCCCGGGGAAGAGCAUAAAGGCUUGCAGAGUGCCACCCCAUUCUCUCCAUGCCGAGUGUUACCCAGGUGUGGUUAUGAAGGGUCACACCAAGCUGCGUUCCCCCAUGGGCCAAAGGGAGGGCGGCCGCCUCCCCUGGGUGAAGGAGAGGCUCUCAGUGGCCUUUCCCGGCUCUGGAGUGUGUGGGUAGGUUCUGGGGUAGGUUCCAUGCAGGAACAUCUUCCUCCCCCAUCACCCCCGGCCCCUCGGCCCAUGCCAGUUCUUCCGGAGUCUUGUUGGGACUGGUUCCCACUUAAGUACCAAGAGCAGGUCCUGCAGCUCCCGUGAUCUGAGAGGUUAUAUCCAAAGCCCUCAUUAACAGAGGAGGCCCAGGGCAGGGCAGGGCAUGGCUGGUCCGUGGUGAGACAGCUCUGUUCCAGGAGAGCCAGGGCUGGCACCCGGCUCUGCUGAGAGCCAGUGCUCAUGGCAGACUCUGUUUGCUAAGGUUUGAGGCAAGCACCGUUGCCAUGGGGCUGGUCCUGGCUGAGGAUAAGCCCAACCCAGCCCUGCCUUCCAGCCUCAUUGUACGGGGGUGCUGUUUGCCUGCCCUGUGUCUCAGCCCCAGCUGCCUAAGCUGGGAACACUCAAGCGCUUCCUUCCUGCCCCCUCUUCCUCCCGCUGGGAGGCCUUUGGGUCUCCCUCUGUGCCUUGGGCCCUGAAGCCCCACCCAUAGUGUUGAGAAAGGUGGCCCCUGGUGGAGAGAAGGGAAAGGCCCUUCAACCCUGAGCCGUGUCUGGAUCCCCAUUCUCUCUAGUAUCCGCAGGGUUUUUCUACCUGCCCCCGGAGCUGAGGCUCACGUGAGCCUCCGCCCAGGGUCCAGUGGGGAGCCUCAAGCCGGCAGUUGCCUGUCCUCAUCAGCCACAGGAUGGUUCUCACUGCCUGGCCCUCCAUCCCUGCCACCUGUCCUUCUGGUCUCCAGCUCAUCAGCCCCCGACCCCCCGUCACUCUCUCCCAGGGGCUGGUUCCAGGUGCUGCUCCGAGGUUCUGGGCAGUAGGCUGGGCCUGGCCCCAGAACCAGGGCAGCUCUUGCCUACUCCUUCACUUUUGUAAAGCCAACCCUUUCACCAGAAUAGUAUUAACUCCUGGUGCUUUGUACUACUGGUCCAGCUGCCUUGGGCUCCUUUUCUAUAUUAAUAAA